AUUUCACUCGCAUUACCAAUAUCAAACGGAAAUAAUUGCCAUGGAACCGAUUCAGGCAGCACAAACAGUAUGGUUUGGCGUGAGUUAACUACCUAGAUUGACCCUUUGGUUGAGGAAUUCACCAUGACAUGGAUCAAUACGCAUAGAAAAGAUUCAGAUUGUUGACCAUUCAUAACAGGAUGGAAGAGAGCAAGAAAUUUUACGCUACAUCUUCAGUCUUCCUCACCUUGAAGAACUGCAUGGCCAACCGGAGGCAGUUCUGGCAGAAAUUGACAACUGGAGCAAAAAGAACCAAAUCCUGAUGACGAUUGGCCAAGAACGAGGAACGAUUAUAACGGAUCUCAUCAGUAAGACCCAACCGAAGGUCAUGGCUGAGCUAGGCGGAUACAUUGGAUACUCAGCAAUCAAAUUCGGAAGUGCUGUGCGCAACGAAGGCGGAAGAUGCUACUACAGUUUUGAACAGAAUGCGGAAUGGGCUUCUGUGGCGUCAAAGCUGAUCGAGCUAGCCGAAUUACAAGACUUCGUCACCAUUAUUCCCGGUCCAAGUUCAGAAUCGCUUCUGGCUUUUGGCAGUCAGAGGCCAGACCAACGGAUUGACAUGCUAUUCAUUGACCAUGCGGAGGCAUUGUACCGCAAAGACCUGGGGAUAUGUGAACAGCGAGGCCUGUUAGCCCCUGGUGCUUAUGUUGUUGCAGACAAUGUAUCUGGCUCAUGCGCCCAGGAUUACGUGGCUUGGGUGAUGCGAAAUAAAAGCGACGUGUCAACCAAAACACACAAUGGGAUCUACGACUCGUAUAUGUCUUCCCACGAAUUACCAAAUGGAGAAACAGUAUGAAUCCCGUGUGCUUUUUUGCGUUCAAUGAUUAGCUCACGGAAAUAUUCUAUAGGAUGCUAUGAUUGUGUCAAGAUUGAAGUGACGUGAUUGACUUUUGACUACUGAGCCUCGAGGACCUAACCAGAUAAGAAUAUUUCGCU